UUUUUAUUAAAUGCAUUAGCAAUGACUUAUUCAGCAUUAACAAUAAAGAAUCAUUUAAAUCAUCAUUAUAUUGAAUUAGGUGUAGUUGUAAUGUUUUUGGCAUGGUUUAAUUUUCUAUUACAAAUGAUGAGAUUUAAACAUGUUGGAAUAUUUGUUGUCAUGUUUUUGCAUGUAUUUGCAACUGUUGGAAAGUGUUUAGUUGUAUUCUCUGUGGUGUUUAUUGCAUUCGCACUGUCAUUUCAUGUUUUGUUUCGAGCUCCCAGUUAUUCAGACACAAUAACAUCCUCAUCAUCAUCAUUGAAUCAAUCAAUAAUCGAUUAUUGUUUUCCAAUAAUUCAUGAUAAUGAUUUUAAUAAUAAUAAAACAAAUUUAUCAAUAUCAUUAGAAUUGAAACCAUUUCAAUAUUUAAGUUUAUCAUUAUUUAAAACUUUAAUGAUGAUGUUAGGUGAAUAUGAGCAUACAGCAACUAUUAUAGAACCAUAUAUAGGAAAUCAUUCAUUUCAAUUACAUUAUCCAUUGAUAACAUUCUUUUUCUAUACAACAUUUAUAUUUCUUGUACCAAUUAUAUUAAUGAAUUUAUUAAUUGGUUUAGCUGUUGGUGAUAUUGAAAAUGUUCGAAGAAGUGCUGUACAACAUUUAAUUUCUCAACAAGUUUAUUGGUUAGCUGAUUUAGAACCAAAAUUAACUGGAAUAUUUCGUUCUAAAUUAUAUAAAUCAAAUUGGAUGAAAAAAACUAAAGUAAAUAAGACUACAGGAUUCUUAGAUAAAUCUGGAUUCGAAACGACAUAUGAAGAAAAUCUAAUACAAAAGUAUCUUAAAGAAGCAGUUAAAAAAAUAACUUCUAUUGACAAAGAGACUAAAUUACAAACAACUAGAAUGGCUGCAAUCAUUGAAAAGUUAGAAAUUCGAUCAAAAGAAUUCAAUAUUGAUGAAGGUGUCUAUCCAAGAGGGGUUUCUGGUUUAGAUCGAAUUAUGGAAAUGGAUUAUGCAAUUCAUUGAUGAGUAAACAAAAGAAUCGGACGAAAUGAAGAUGAACAAAACAAAAAAGAAAUUCGAUCUGAUUUCAACAUUUGAAAGUUCCUAUUGUCUUUUACAUUUGAAAUGAACGAUUACAUUAAAUGAAUAUCUUACUUGUCUUAAACU